CUUUAUUCUGACGCCGUUGCGUGGCGAAGUGGCGAGCAAGAUGGCUACAUCGGCUUGGCUGCAUGGCCCAACCAGUAUGCGUUUAACGGAGGGUUUGGUGUCUCUUCUGAAAGAGCAACGGCCCGAGUAUCUUCCCGCACUUCUAUCAAACUACCGGGAACAUGGCGUGGUCUCAACACAGAGUUCUGGUGCCGUGGGGGGACUCGUGGGUCUCAUCAACUCGAAGCUCAGCUCUAGUAAAACCAGAUUUGAAGGCUUGUGCUUGCUGUCGGUGUUGGUGAAGGACUCCUCAAGUGAGGUGUUUCAGCAGCACUGUCUGUCGUGGCUGAGGUCCGUUCAACAGGUUAUACAGUCCCAGGCUCCUCUUCCGUCUAUCCAGCUGGCGGUGAGUGUUCUCCAGGACCUGCUCCAGUUCUCCUCCCAGCUGCCGGAGCUUGCCCGGGAGGUGGGCCUCAACUCUACCCUGGGGAUCCUCACCUCCCUCCUAGGCCUCAAGUCUGAGUGCCACCUAGCAGCAAUGGAAGGCAUGACAGCCUGUAUGAUGUACUACCCCAGAGCCUGUGGCUCGCUCAGGGAUAAGCUGGGAGCCUAUUUUCUGUCCAGGAUGGACAAUGCCCAUCUUAAAAUACAAGAGAUGGCGUGUGAGUGUUAUGGUCGCCUGCCCUGUCUGGGCGGAGUCUUGGAGAGAGGAGGAGGAGGCGGGGGCAGAGCGGAGGGCUGGACCAAUCAGAUCCACUGUCUGCUGGCAACAGCCAAUGGCAUGCUGGCACAGCUCUACCAAAGUUCAGAGUCAGAGGGGACGGUGCAGUACGAGGGCCCGGGCGUGGAGCUGCCCUACCCCCUCCUGGACGACACAGACCCCCUGGUCCUGCUGCAGGUGCAGCACCGCUACCGGGCCGUGUGCCUGGCCCUCACUCACACUCUCAGUGUGGACCCAGCCUCAGCUGUGCGUCUGCCCGUGCAGCAGGUCCUCAACCUGGUGUGUCGCGCCCUGGCCGUCAGCUGCAGGAGCAUAAACAUGACAGGAGACGGCUGUGUGAAGCUGCUGAUGCUGCCUGGCACACACACACACACGCUGGAGGUUCUGCGGACGCUCAUCUCCGCGGUGGGCGGGGGGAUGGUCCAGUACUCCAGUUUGCUCCAGAGGCUUUUAUCCCAGACCCUGUCAGCCUGGAGUCCUCCACCAGAGGGCAGCCUGGGACAGCAGCGGGCCUUCAGUGCAGUGCGGGUGUCGGUGUUCAAAACGUUGGAACUGUGGGUGAGAGUGGGCGGGGCUUCAUCUGGCAUCCUGCAGGGUAGCCCCGUCCACUCUGAGCUCCUAUUCGCUCACCUCCUGGGUGACAUCACGCCGGGGGCGGACUCUGUCAAGUUGAGGGCGGGCCCAUCGACAGCGUCCUCUGAUCUGGUUGGUCCAAGCAGCAAGCCCGGCCCCCGGCGCUCCAAGGGAUUGGCUGUUUGUGAUGUGGGCGGCGCUUCCAUCCAGAGGAAAGGAGACGCCGUGGCCAAUCAGGACACGUGUCUCUCUGCGCUCAGGGCUCUCAGACACAUCGUACUGACCAGCGGAGCUCUGCUGAAGGAGGACUUUCACAAGCGCCUCCACGACGUGGUGUUGCCCCUAUGUGUGCGUCUGCAGCAGCAGGCCCGGGGGGACGGGGGUUCCCGGGGCCCCGGGGGGCCGAGCGGCCAGUACGGGAGCCCCGCCCCCCGCAGGGAGCUGUACCGCCUCCUGCUGGCCCUGGUGCUGGUGCCCCCCCCCCGCUGGCCCCCCCCACUCACCUGCGCCGUGUCACUGCUCAGCCUGGGACGCCGAGACCACAGCACCACGGUGUCGUCCUUCUGCACGGAGGCGCUGACCAUAUGCAACUCCCUUCUCCACCCCCGCACCCCGUCCAUCUCCCUCCCCCUGCCCCCCCUCACCCUCAAACCCGCCCCGGUCCUCGCCACCUCCCAGGCCCCCUCCCUCACCCUGCCCACCCUCCUGGGGGGCCCGGCGCCUGGGCCCCCUUUCCCUGCCAGACACCCUCUGGGCCUGGGCCCCGCCUCCUUGCUGGGCUCCCUGGAGAACCACCUCCCCCUGGUUCCUCCGGGCCAGCCGGGUCAUCUGGGCGCCCCAGGAGAGAUGCUCCUCUCCCCCCGUCACCACCAGGCCGAGCUGGCCGGGCUGGGGCUCCCGGAGAGCCAGAGGCCCGUGUUCGUCCGCUACGACAAAGAGGAGGCUGACGACGUGGAGAUCUCGCUGAACAGCGACUCUGACGACAGCGUGGUCAUCGUUCCCCCAGGGAUGCUGUCGCUAGGCGGCCAGGACUGCACCGCGGGGCAGACGGGGCUUCCGGCGGGCGCGGCGCAGACGGGAAGCGGCCAGGGAGGAGAGGCGGGGGCGGGGGGGGGCGUGGCCGGGGCGUCCGCGAUGGACGUCUCGCUCCCCAACGACCUCCCCUCCUCCUCCACCAUCUCCAUCACCAUCCCCAUCCUCCCCCCCUCCGCCUCCUCCUCCGGCCCCAACACCAUCAACUCCUUCCCACCCGUCUCUGCCCCCCUGGUGUCUCUGGUGCCGGCGCUUAACUCCGCUGCCCAGCUCACAGCGCCACCCGGUGGCCUGGGGGACUCCCUGCCGGGGGCCCAGCUCCAGCAGAUGCUGCUGCAGACGCCGGCCCCGGGACAGGCCUCCUCGCUGGGCAUCAACAUGCAGAUGCAGUCCCUGCACAGCCAGCUGGCCCAGACCUCCAGGCAGCUGCAGCUGCAGCAGCAGGCCAACGAGGAGGACUCGGCCGUCAUCAACAUCAACAGCUCGGACGAGGACGAGAUGGAGGACGAGAUGGAGGACGAGGAGGAGGAGGAGGAGGGGCUGGAGGACGAGGAGGGCAGCGACUACGCCGAGGAGGACUUCUACGAGGGCGAGGAGUACGAAGAGGAGAUGGAGGAAGAGGAGGAGGAGGAGGAAGAGGAGGGGCUGGAGGACGAGGAGGAGGACGAGGAGGAGGAGGGAGAGAUCCCUCGUUUGGACGGCGAGGGCAGGAGAGGGGCGAUGGGGAGGGUGGAGGGGGAGGGACUCCGGGGAGAGGGCGGGGAGGAGGGAGGGAUGGGGGGAUUCCGCGGGGAGGGAGAGAGGGAAGGGGGGAUCGAGGAACUGGGGACGGGGAGGAUGCCGUACGGGGACGAAGGGAUGAAGACGCAGGAGGUGGAGAGUAUCGGGGUGAUGGAGGAAGAGAGGGAGGGGGAGAGGGAGGGAGAGGAGGAGGAGGAGAGCGACAGGAUGAACGACCCGACCAUGCCUCAGAUCCUGUGUGUGACGGGGGGAGCGCUGGAAGAGAGGGAGGAGACCGAGGAGGAGGAAGGAGAGAGACAGGAAGUGAGGUUGUGGGAGCCAGGAGCCAGUCGAAUGGAGGGAACCUCCUCCUCGGAAGAAGGCCCGUCCAAUCAGCAAGAGCAACGGGAGGCGAUUCGGGAAGCUUCGCAGGAAACGAGCGCUGCUGACGACCAGCCGUCCAAUCGGGAAGGAGAAGAGGCUCAAGAGGGCGUGGACUCGGCCAGGGAGGAAGUGAGCUCAUCGGCUCAGAGCGAGAAGGAGGGGGAGGGAUCCGAGCGAGAGAGGGGGGCGGAAGAGGACGAGGAGAGGGAGGCGGAUGGAGAAGAUGGCAAAGGGGUUAAACGGAAGAGAGAACAACAGGAGGAAGGAGGCACAGAGAAGAAAAAGCUGGACGAGGAAGUGAUGGCGUCCAUGCUCGCUGACUUCGUGGCCUGUCCCCCUGACGACGAGGACAAUGGUGCUUCUGCCUCCAAACAGUCUUAAAAUGGGCAGGUUUGGGCUGGUUUAGACUGGUCUGGGCUGGUUUAAAUAGGUUUAGACUGGUUAAAGAUCCAUUGUUUUAAACUGGUCUGGACUGGUUUAAGAUUGGUUGGUUUAGACUGGUCUGAUUAAACCAACACUAGACUCGAAUGGUCUGGUCUGGUUUAAACUAGACUGUACUAGUUUGGUCUGGUUUAAACUAGAAUGUACUAGUUUGGUCUGGUGUGAUAUUUGACUGACAUCCAGACCCCUUUUUUCUACAUGCAGUCAAUUCACACUCUAAAACCUCUUCCCCUUUCACGCACACACACACACACACAAGGCACCCUAUUAUAGGACCCCACACACUCUGUGUAACACAACUUGACUUUUGUGCUGUUGUUUUUUUUUGAUAUAAGAAGAAAGAUUGUGUGUGUGGCUAUUUUGACGUGUGUUAUUCUAGAGGCUGGUUAGUAUAAGAGUGUUGUUGAUCAUUGUCCUGUUUGUCUUCACUUCCUGUUUGCAUCUGCUUUCGGUUAAUGUCCAUCUCUUGUCAUUAAAUGAAUAAUAAACGUCAGAGACAAACAGGCUCCUUCUACUCAUGAGGA